AUGACGUAAAUUGUAAGCGUCCAAGUCUUGUCUUUUGUGUUUAUCUUCAGCUCAUCUCAAUUGUGUCGUGAAUGGAUAAUACGUGUAAGUGUAGUACUUCUACUUAUGUGGACAUGGACAAGAAAACAUCCUAAAUGUUAGUCGGCUGUGUGCAAAAGCAAAAAUGAACAAAGGGUGGCUGGAGCUAGAGAGCGACCCAGGAUUGUUCACUUUGCUGGUUGAAGAUUUUGGAAUCAAAGGUGUACAAGUGGAGGAAAUAUAUGACCUUCAAAGCAAGUGUCAAAGCCCAGUCUAUGGCUUCAUCUUCCUGUUCAAGUGGAUUGAGGAGCGUCGAUCCAGGAGGAAAGUGAACACUUUGGUGGAUGAGACCUCUGUCAUCGAUGAGGAGAUAGUUAACGAUAUGUUUUUUGCACAUCAGCUGAUACCAAAUUCGUGCGCCACCCAUGCCUUGCUGAGCGUGCUUCUGAACUGCAGCGGUGUCGAGCUGGGCACCACCCUUAGUCGCAUGAAAGCUUUCACAAAAGGCUUCAGUCCGGAGAGUAAAGGUUAUGCAAUAGGAAAUGCCCCAGAGCUGGCCAGAGCACACAACAGCCAUGCCAGGCCGGAGCCUCGACACCUGCCCGAGAAACAGAAUGGGAUCAGUGCAGUGCGAACCAUGGAGGCCUUCCACUUUGUCAGCUAUGUGCCCAUCAAAGAUCGCCUCUUUGAGCUUGAUGGCCUUAAGGCUUACCCUAUUGACCAUGGGCCGUGGGGAGAAGAAGAGGAAUGGACGGAUAAAGCUCGGCGGGUCAUCAUGGAGAGGAUUGGCUUGGCCACUGCUGGCGAGCCGUAUCACGACAUCCGCUUCAACUUGAUGGCAGUGGUGCCGGACCGCAGGAUAAAAUACGAGUCCAAACUGGAGGUGUUAAAGAAGAACCGACAGACAAUUCUGGAGGGUCUACAGAAGAUGAUCCGACUCACACAGCCCGAGCAUGUCCAUGACAAGAAGCAGCAGGAUUCUUCCACGCAUGAAGGCAACGGCAAUUCAAUCAAGAAAGAAGCCGAUGCGGCGCCUGCAGCAUCCCAAGGGGCUGGCCCAGCUUCCUCUGAUGCCAUGGAUGAGUCCGGAGGUCAAUCUAAAGACGCCCCUUCAGGAAACGCUAAGGUCACUGGAAAAGCACCCGGAGGAGCAUCACAGCACGUCGCCAACCCUGUCGUUCAACGCCUGCCCGCCUUCCUCGACAACCACAACUACGCCAAGUCCCCAAUGCAGGAAGAGGAGGAUCUAGCUGCCGGUGUUGGUCGUUCCCGAGUGCCAGGGCCUCCACAACCAGCGUUUUCUGACGAUGAAGAUGACUAUGAAGACGAGGAGGAGGAAGUUACUGGAUCUGCAGGCAUGUCGACCAGGUUCAGACGGAAAGCGAGUCUGCGAUCACGACCAGGAAGGGUGGUAACAGGAAUGGAAAGCCAGAUAGCCCUCACUGUCUUGGCUGAGAAACUCAAGAAGGAGGCCCAAAGAAAAGAUGCCCUGAACACACCACUCUCUGUGCGCACGGAGGGCCGCACCGGAGGCAUCUGCAUCACGUCCGCUUCGCAGCCGUCGCCCACACCCAGCAACGAGAGCACCGACACGGCCUCGGAGAUUGGCAGUGCCUUCAACUCGCCGCUUCGCUCACCCGCACGCUCGCAGGCCGCCACACGUCCGUCUAGUCCCGUAGCAUCCCAUCUGUCGCGUGUGCUGUUCGGAGAAGACGAGCUGCUGAGGCUAGACUCCCGACAUAAUCGUGCCGUAAGAGAACUGGGCCCGUCUGUCACUGUGGCCCUGCUACACCUACAGGAGGAUGGGGUCAUCUAUGCUCUUCCGCCAUCUGUGGAUUUGGCUGCAGAUUCUGGUGCUAAGCCACCCUGCACUCCAGAGAAGAUAAAGGACAAAGAGCAAGAGGCCGUUGUUGCAGCGGAGAAGGAAGCGGCGAACGGGAAGGACAAAGGACCAUCUGUGGAGGUGAAGAAAGAAAAAGAGGAGGAGGAGAGCAAAGAUGGGGAAGAAGAGAAACCCUGCAAGGAAAAGCUCAACGCCACGGAGCCCACAGCAGACAGCAAGCCCUUAGGGGAUAAGUACUCACCCAAAGAGUUGCUUGCACUGCUCAAGUGCGUCGAGGCCGACAUCGCCAACUAUGAGGUGUAUCUAAAGGAGGAAGUAGAAAAGAGAAAAAAAUACAAAAUUGAUGAUCAGCGAAGGACCCAUAACUAUGAUGAGUUCAUCUGCACCUUUAUAUCAAUGCUGGCCCAAGAAGGGAUGCUGGCCAGCCUCGUGGAGCAGAACAUUUCAGUGCGUCGUCGGCAGGGAGUGAGCAUCGGCCGCCUGCACAAACAGAGGAAGCCUGAUCGCAGGAAACGCUCCCGACCCUAUAAGGCCAAGCGCCAGUAAUUGCAAACAAUCUUCUCAGAGUCUAUUCUGCCUGUAAGGACCAAGCAGUCGCCUCAUUUGUGAACCUUGUCACGUGCAGCCAGUUCAUUGUGGCGUUCAUCCUCUUCACAAAGCUGAACCACUUGUGUGUUCAGGUCUUUUAUCAUUUGGGUAUUCAUGUAAUUCCUUUUUAGUCUUGUUCUGUACUGCUAUUUACACUUUGUAAAUAUGGAAAAAAGGAAACAUCCUCUGUGAACUUGAAUUCUCUUUUGGUCUCAAAACGUUUUUAGUGCUCUUUGAAGCUUCUCAACACUCUUCCAUCAGUGCAGUCCGAUAUAUUUACCCCAAUUAUGGAUUCUGUAGUGUCGAUGUGUCAUACAAUUACAAUUCUGCUAACCAAAAGUUAGACUACUGGUGGGUAAUACCCUAUCCAACGCGUCAUUUAUUUUUAAAAUGACAUUCCUCGUGGAGUGUUUUAAACUAAAGACAAACACAAUUCUCAACACUCUUGUGUUAUUUUUGUACUUAAAAAAAAAAGAUCUCAGAAUGGAGUGAUAAUUAAUUAGCAUGUGUGUAUGUGUGUGUCUUGUACAUAUUUAUAUGUUACUCGGCUCAGCAGGAGCUCUCAACUCCCUGAGCUCCCUUGUUAAUGCUAUUGUGCUUGCCGUUUCAUACUACAAUAAAGUCAAUUGAACCAGUA